CAUGGCUGUAUUCGCGGAUUUGGACCUGCGAGCGGGUUCCGACCUGAAGGCGCUUCGCGGGCUGGUAGAGAACGCCGCUCACCUUGGCUAUUCAGUUGUUGCCAUCAAUCAUGUUGUCGAAUUUAAGGAAAAGAAACAGGAAAUUGAAAAACCGGUAGCUAUUUCUGAACUCUUUACGACUUUGCCAAUUGUACAGGGAAAAUCAAGACCGAUCAAAGUCUUAACUAGACUGACGAUUAUCGUUUCAGAUCCAUCUCACUGCAAUGUUUUGAGAGCAACGUCUUCAAGGGUCCGGCUGUACGAUAUCAUUGCAGUUUUUCCAAAGACAGAAAAACUUUUUCAUGUUGCUUGUACACAUUUAGAUGUGGAUUUAGUCUGUAUAACUGUAACAGAGAAACUACCAUUUUACUUCAAAAGACCCCCUAUUAAUGUGGCAAUUGACCGAGGCGUGGGCUUUGAACUCAUCUACAGCCCUGCUAUCAAAGAUUCCACAAUGAGAAGGUACACAAUUUCCAAUGCCCUCAAUUUGAUGCAGGUCUGCAAAGGAAAGAAUGUGAUUCUAUCUAGUGCUGCAGAAAGGCCUUUAGAAAUAAGAGGCCCAUACGAUGUGGCAAACUUAGGACUGCUGUUUGGGCUGUCUGAAAGUGACGCCAAGGCCGCCGUCUCCACCAACUGCCGAGCAGUGCUUCUACAUGGAGAAACUAGAAAAACUGCUUUUGGAAUUAUUUCCACAGUGAAGAAACCUCGGCCAUCAGAAGCAGAUGAUGAUUCUCUUCCAGCUUGCAAGAAAGCCAAGUGUGAGGGCUGAGAAGAAUCCCCAGUCUCUGUCAACACUCCCUUCUUCCUUUGGAAAGUCCGUCAGCCACAAUAGAAAUAUUACCUUUAUGAUUUACUGUUUUCAUUCGGAGCUAGAAAUCAGUAGUCUAUAAAAACAAUUUUAUAUUCAAGCCGUUAAAGUAACAAAACCUAGUGAAGCAGUAAAAAAAAAGACUGCCCACUUAAUGAAUUUAGAUAUAUUUUAAGAGAAGAUCAGAAAUGAGUUUAUUUAAAAAAAAAAAUUAAAAAAAAAAAAAUGAGUUAGGGCACUAGCCCCUGACUUGCAGAAAUACCAUGUGGCAUUGCCAAGUAAGAAAAGCAAGAUGUGCAUUUAGAUGAUUGCAUUUAGAACAAAACAAAGACCCUAAAAAAAAAAAAGAAAGAAAAAAAAAGAAAUGAGUUUAUUUAUUUUUUUG